CAUUGCAAUAUUAGCGUUUAACAUGAGAACUUGGUUUUGGAUCCGUUUGUUAAUUAUUUUCAAAUGCGUUAGCACAGCGCAGCGAAACUUUCGAAUAUUCUACGACGACAUAAGCGUUAGGAUUUACGACACGGACAUAAUCGAAAAGUUUGAUUGCCAGGUUUCUCAAAUUAACAAUCGGAGCUAUGCCGAUUGCCAAAUGAGGCUAAGACGUAGCAUUGUCAAGUUGAAUGUUCGCACCGCCUUGGAUUUUUGGAAGUCAAAUGGUCAAGCAAUGAAGCUGUACGAUGCUCGAAUGGAUGCCUGCCUUUUCAUGGGUAGUGCGCAUAAAAACAGAAUGUUUAGCAUAUAUGCAAAAAGUUUAAAAAAGUUCUCAAACCUGAAGUGUCCCCUCAAAGCGGUUCGUAUAAUUUCAAGUAUACAAAAAUUAAAUAAAUAUAUUUAA